UUGCCUAUUGGAGAUUCCUUUGAAAGGUUUAGAGAAGCUGGUUUUACUUUCAAUUAUGAAGGUAGUCAUUUUCCACUGCAGUGAGCACUGUUCCUUGAACCUUAAAUUCUUCCUGCCUUUUUACUGCUAAAGGGGGUUGGGAGCAUUAACAAUUUAGGACUGUGAGUAUGAAGUCAAUAGGCUUCUUUAGCUCCAUCUGUGGUUUAAUGAUUUUAGAAACAUGACAAACUACAAAGUAGAAAUGCUGUCUUCAUAGUAAUUUCUUGACCAGAACAAAUCUCAAGUACUCUGUAGUACAUGAAACCCUAAAGGUGCGUAUUAGUGGAACAACUCUCUGUGGGCUGAGAUAAAUUUGCUUAUGUGCAGCAGAACGGGAACAGUCUAGUAUGAAAAUGCUUGGAGCCAAAUGCAAUGAUUUUACAUUGCAGUUUUUUUAAUGCCUCUGAAGUCCAGCAAGUGGGUAGUUUCAUGAGGCAGCUGAGACAAUUCCCCCUUAUUCAGACUCCAAUUGAGUAGUCCUGUGUCCUUUGGUUAUGCUUGCUUCUCGUGAUAGUUUGACUGCGUGGUAUGCAAAGUCAGCUUGACAACCCAACCAAAAAGCUCUUUUGUGAUCAAUUAGUUCUUUCCCCGAUUUAGCAAGUUGGAGUGAUUUGGUGUGUGGUCAGAGGAGGACAAAACUAAUAGAUCGGACUUUCUGGAACUGUGUGUCUUAAGAGUUUCAGUUCACUUGUGAGGACAGUUGACCUGUAACUGCUGUGUUAAGCAACACUAUCAUGCUCAAAGUGUGGUGAUUGUUGCUGUUCUGAUGAAUCACCUUUGCUAUGGCAGAAAUAAUUAAGGUGUGCUUUAGGCUGUAGGCAACGAGGGAGAGAUGAGUUUUGCUAUUUUCUAGAGAAAAUGCUUUUUUUCUGCUGUGGUCAGACAUUUGCUACAGUUUUCAUAGAUAUAUUGGAAAGGAUUUAGUUAUGUCUGUAUCAGAAAGAAAAUCAAAUUUGUCUUUGAAGUGCAGGAUAUCCUGUCUCUCCAUAUGUUACUCAUCAGGACACAAAGAGCUAAAGUUGGAUUAAGAAAUCCAGGAACGUUUUCAAGUUAUUUUUAGAGAAUUGGUGAUUGACUUCUGUGUAUGGAAGUAUCAGUUAGAGGGCAUUGGUCUCCAGGCAUAGUGGGUGUUGUAAAACACACAACUUAUUUCCUAAAUUACUGGUGCUCUGUACUUUGCUCUUCCUAACUAUUUGUUUCUCCAUUGGGACCACACAGAAGAUAAGAAAGAGAUAAUACUGGUCGUUAUAUAAUACUUGUAGUUUAGUCUGAAGAGUUUGUGUCUUUUGAGACAGACUAAUCUGUGCUUAGACCUAGUUUUUCAAACUCAUGGGAUUUUACCAAUUACAAAACGCAGGUCCAGAAUCAGUAGUUUGGGAUUAUUUAAAUAACAAAAUAAUCAGAUUAUUUAAAUAAUAAUGAAAUAAUCAUCAAGUUUAUGGUUGUUGAAAGUAGGUCACAAAACUGAACACAUCCAUUUGGUGUGAGGUCCGUGGUUUCUCAUCUUAAGAGCAACAUAAAGUUGGAUCAUCUGUCCUAAUACGGAUGUAGAAAGGUGUCCAAAUGAAAGAGAAUCAAGUCUUUUCUUGAAUGUCUGAUGAUGGUAUAUAAUAUUGUCUGUAUGCAUUCCAGUAUGAAAUGCCUCUUAUGAUGAUUAACUCCAUAAAUUGACUCCAGAGAGACAUAUCAGAAUAAAACUGAUGGCAUUGCGCUUCGAGCCUGGUACCUCUGAGCAGGAGUCAGCUUUGCUUUGACUUAAGGAAUCAGCCAGCCUUUGAAAUAGCACUUGGUUUUGUUAGGCAUUUUUCUGGUAGCUGCUGUCUAUAACCAGACAGGUUGUUGAAUAAAGAGUUUACUCUGAGGCUUGCAAUUGUAGUGCUUGUAUUGUUCUUACUGCCCUGCCCCUCCUUUAGGGUGAUCCUGUUGUUCUGAAAAUAAGCUCUCAUGAAAGCUCCAUUGGGACAGAUCUGUAGGCAUGGUGUGUGAUGAAGAACAGCAGUUUAUCUGGUUUUACCUGAAACAUAUCUGCAUUCAAAUAGAAUUUCUGCAGAACUGAGCCUCUUCCAAAAUGGAAGUCUUUGGUAUAGAGAUGAAAAUAUGCAUUAAGAGAUUGUAGAUUUGUCUACUUAGAAGGAGCUUUGGUUCUUUUACCAUAACAGAAUUUAAUUCUUCCUCAAUACUUCUAAAGCCAUUUAUAGUGUAGGAAAGUACAUGUAAAUUUUGUUUGGUUAUAAAUUUGUUUGUUUGGAGGUAGGGAGUGUUCUGGAUCAGAGUAUUCUUUUUCAUUCUUUCUGGGCUUAGCUUUUCCUGAAGUCGAAGCCUACUAUAGCAUCUAAAGAUUAUUUAGACCUUGCUAAUAAGGAAAUUCUAGAUGGUCAUGGCUGUAUUUUCUUAGCUGAUUAGGAAGACUAUGGCACAGAUAUAUAUCAUACUGUUUCUCCUUUGGCCUUUCCAAGAGGCUUGGAAAACACUCUGACAUUUUUGUUAUGGUCCUGCAUGUGUCUUAAUAGCUGGUGAAGUUUUGUAGGUGGCUGCUUGUCCAAAAUAUGCAGCAUAAGUCUCAACUUUGAUUAGGAGACAAGAUAACAAAAUAAUAACUUCCUAAAUUGAUUGCAUUUCUUCUGUGCCAGGAGUGAUGCUGGAGCUUCCCUUGUUUCAUCUGUUAGUCUUUUCUACCCACAAUGUAUGUGGGAGCUUGAAUUGUUUGCCUUUCCGGGAAUACCACAUCCCAUCCCCAUCUCCACUCUGCUCACAGACGGUACUGGAGCUGCACUGCUGCCUUUGCAGCCUUGUGCCGAGAGCCAGGGCAUAUCAUGCCUUAUUGUGUUCUAAGUUAAUGCACUAUGUAGACAUUAUUACAGCAAUUACUAUUUUAACUGCUUAGUGUGAUCUCCUGGAGCUGCCUGGACUGCAUUUGAACUCUCUUCAGGUAACAUGCAACAAAAAGCUUUCAUUUGAAUAAAAUGAAAUGAGAAAUAGUGAUUGAUUUUUUUGGUAUUGUAUAAUGUUAACUGGUUCACAUUUCUGUCUGCUACUAUUAGUAGAAACAAUUUGAUUUUAAAGAACUCCUCAAAAUGGCUUGCAUGGCUGAUGUGAUGACUGCAAAGAACAAGGAGACUUGAGAGUUGUUCCUUUGUGUAGUCCAAAAGGUCUCCUGAAACUGGGAAUAAAAAGGGAAAUAAAAAGCAAGCCUCUGUCAUACUUCUCAAAGAUUUUUAAACAGUACUGAUUACUAUUCUAAGACAUUUCAGAAAGGAGACAUUUAAAAGUAAUUGAAUAAUAUGAAAUUGGUUCCUUUGAAUUAAGAUUACACAUUAUGUUUCUUAAGUAAAAAUGUAACUGACUAGUUAUUACUUUAAUAUUUUACUUUACACAUGCACAAGGUAUGUUGCUUGCAAUAAAUGCUGGUUAAAGGCAUUUUUGAUUCUCAUGUAGGGCAAUAUGUGGUAUUGUCCUGAAACUAUAUAGCUGGUUCUGUAGUCUCCCCUGGGUCCAAUAUGCAACCACACAGCGAUUGUCGGUGCAGAUGUAGUUGCUUUGCCCAUUGUAGUGUUUUGUGGCAUGUUUGGCUUGAAGACAAGCACCAUGAUCAGAGCUUUCCAGGACCCAGUAGAUUUCGAGUUUCUUUGCAGAAUAUCAACUUCUGGCUUUGUUUCAGUGGCAGAAAACUAACCUAAAAUGUGUAGUUGGUUGUUGAAAAAAUGUCUCUAGCAAAUAUUGCAGAGAUGAUGUUUGUUUCCAGUGUAUCUUUUUGACUAAGUACAGAGAUGCAGAAUUGUAUAACAUAGGAGAAGACAGCAAAAUACAGGCCUAUUUGAAAACAGAUUUCUAGGACUUGUGUUUGUAUUUGCAAAGUAAGAAAAGUUGAAAGAGAUAUUAAAUAUUCUGUUCCAUAGAACUGCUUGCAGUGUUGAUUCUUACACAAAAACUGAAAUACCUGGAGUUAAACUUCUGGCCAGUCUUUAAAAAAAAAUCAUUUUUGUAAGCUCAGAGAUAACAUUCAGGGAGAGAAAGAGGGGAAAGUCAGUGUGAGUGGACCUGUACCUCUGCUUUCAUGGCGUGAUAGCUUGCAAGCAUUAGUAUUCUUCUCUUCUACCGAAGAUCUACGCAUUGAAGUGCUAGCAUGAUUUGUCAUCCAUACUUUCUGUGUGUCUCAUGAUCUGAAUAAACAAAAAGAAAGGGGGAUAGGAACCCCUUCAAACCUUGCUGCUGCCUUAAAUAUUACAUCCUGUCUUCUUUUAAUAGUUCUCUGUCCUUUCACAGGAUAGAAAUGUGUGUCCUCGCUUCUUAUACUCUCAUUUCCUGCCUUGUCUCCUGGUCUGUGUAAUUCUGCUUCCUUUAUUUCCUCUUACUAUUGUUGUGACCAAGCCACUUUUCCUACUUUCUCAAGAAUUUUUUUCUGUCUACAGUGCCAAAGUGUCUACAGGCCUUUCAGAUCUCUCUUAAGUUCUUAAGAUUUCCAUAGUUUGUCUCUUGCAAAAUAUCAGCACUAAUAUUGUGUUCUAGCACCGUGAUGCUAAAAAACACAAAAUGCUUUCCACACCGUCUAUGAAAUAUUGGCAGACGUUUAAAAAAAUAAUGUUUAACUGAAACUUUGUUUUGCAUACCUUCUUAUAGAGCUAAGCUAAGCUGAAAUACGCGUUUCACAUCUAUUUAAAAAAAAUGUUGUUUUUAACAUGUAUAUGCCUUCAUUUAAUGCGAGGAAGAAAACUAUACACUUCUGCUUUAAAAGCAAUUGCCCUGAGAAUCAUAGAUCAAUGCUUCUUCUUCAUAUCAAUUAUUAAUUGGAAAAUGUCUUGCAAAGAGGUAUAAACGUGUGAUGAUUACUUCUUGUCUAUGAUUUGCCAGAAUUCAUUAUCCUAGGGAGCCUGCAUUAAUGCUUGUUGUUAUCUGUUCUACAAGUACAGAUGCUCUAAUAGGUUGUCAUGCAUUAACUGCUCCAAAUUCAUUAUUUGGUCUUUUGGCAAAUUGUUCAUCUGCUCAUUUGGAUUGUAUAUAGUAUCUUCCACACAGUGUUUUCUCAGCCAGGCCUUUGCUGUCUUCUUUGCAUCACAGUAAGUUUUACUGUAUUAUAGUUUUCUGGGUUUUGUUUUUCAAAUAUCACUACUACUAUCAAGAACUAGCUGAUAAUGCUGGUUUUGGUCUCCAUUUCUGUUCCCUUAGUCUGAAAAAAAUGAGGAAGUAUGCAAGAUGAAGAAACAUAAUUUAGCUGGGAAGGACACAAGUUGAACUUCAGAUCACUAAACUGAAGGUCACAAUUGCUAACUUUAAUUACAAAAUAGAAGCUUAAAGCUAGUAAAAGAAAAUGCCUUACUCUGUAAAGGAAAGACAACAAUUCAGGUAUCUCCUGCAUGAUUUGUCAUCCAUACUUUCUGUGUGUCUCAUGAUCUGAAUAAACAAAAAGAAAGGGGGAUAGGAAUUUUUAUGAAGUGGAUUUUUAUGAAGUGGAUUUUUAUGAAGAUUAAUGGAAGUGUUUAAUGUAUCCUUGGGGAACAGGCAUAAGAAGAAGAUAAUUAAACGCUCAAGAGAAGAUACAGUUUCUAGGAUAAUAUUUUAAUUUAAACAUUAUACUUACAUGGACAUCUUUUUUAUUUCUCUGGUAAGUUAGUAGACUCUUACCCUGAUGCUGCACGGGUACUCUCAUUGAAAACAGGGUGGGUAGGUACUGGCUACCUUUCGGAAAGAACGUAAAUACUAACUGAAGUUGACUGUCAGUCUGUAAAUGGCACUAUUGCAAACUGUGAUAUUUGAGGUUUUUUGGAAUUUCUGCUUUUGUGUAAAAAAAAAAAAAAAAAUUAAAUAGAUACAGAUUUUGGAAAUGACAGCUGUGAUAUACCUCAAAAUAGUGCAAGCUUAUUUGCCUAGUCUCAAACCAGGGAGCUUUGGAGAGGCUAUUGGUUUGCUGAGGCCUCGUUGCCAUAGGGGAGUAAGAAAUGUUAUGGUCUAAGAUGGGUGUUUGAGGUCAUCAUCAGAAGGCAUUUUCAUGGCUGGUCAAUUCCAUAUUUUUUCUCUUUUGGUACUGCCUAUGUAGACCUUUGUAGUGUCAUCACUGAAGCAGCCGACACAGCUGCAGCAGGUCACGCACUGACUUGGUGGCCUCAUGCUGCUGUGUUAGCUGACAGCUGUAUGCUGAGAAAGUAAAACUCAGGGAAGCAUCAUGCAGCUGUUCUGCCCUAGAGAAGCAGAUCAUUGUCUACAGAGCUGUGGGUUGCUCACAUUUAAGAAUUCUGAUACCCACAGCCGUGACAGUGUAUUCACAGCAUGCAGCAUGCUCAUGUGUCCCCUCUCAGACAAGCAGAUGAAGAGGCUAUGUUUCAGAGAGAGGUGAGAGGAAAAUUGUCAAAGUUUGAAGGCUCCCAUUCUUUUUUAAUUUUAACAGAACAACUAUUUUUUCUAUAGUGCUUUUUGUCUUGUCCCAACACAAAUGCAUAGGCAUACUCCUGCUCUUUGGCAUGUUCCAGACCCAUCUUAACCAUUCACAAAGGCUAAUAAUCUGUAGUGUUUGUUUUCACCACAAAACUGACUUAGUGGUCUCUCGGCCUCUCUGUUUCUAGCUCAGGAAAACCUAUUGUGGUUUGUCUGGUAGCUUCCGAUAUGUCUCUUCCAAGUACUUGUCCAGUUUGUUGUUGCACUCACAUAAGUUUGUUGCAUCUGCACUACCUUUCAACAAGGAGUUCCAAAAAUUGCAUUAAGUAUCAUCUCCUUUUUGUAUCAGUUAUUAAGAUUUUGUGUUCUUAGCUGUCACUUGAAAAUUUAGUUUACAGAUACCAGCUGCUUAAGAAGGUAGUAGCCACACAUGACCUAUUACAAUUGAUAUGUGCAUUCACUUCAUUGCUGCUUGUUUGAAAUAAAAGAAAGAGGGACAUCUAGACUGGUCAGGCAAAUAAAUGUGUGGCAGUCAAAGCAGAACUGUUUAGAAUCACAUUGGUAUAUGGAUAAUACUGUGGAUACAAGUCUUGCUUACUUGUUUUUGCUGUUACAUUAAGGUCAAAGAUUUUUCUAUUGGAUCGUAAGUUGAUUCCUGGACUUUAUUGUACUUCUAGCAAAAUGAUGGCUUAAUGUUACUGGAGUGUCUGAAGACCUGGUGUUCUAGGCUACUUUGCUGGUGUCCUUUAAAGUGCUUUUGCGCUAAUGCAUGCAGGAUGGGGAACAAACAGGAGGAACUGAAUGUCUGUGCAGUCUGUGCUCUAAUCUAGAAGUACUUUGAUUAACAGAUACCUGCUACAGACACCUCAGUUGGAUUUUUAUUGGCUUGUUUUUAAAGGAAACAAUGCACAAGCCAUACACUGUGAUUCCUUCUGGGAAACUUUUGAAGCCACUGUUCAUAUUUAAAUAAAUUUGUCAGAGCAGUAAAUGUCUCAAGGCAUUAAGUUCCUAAUGAUAUAGCAUUAAGUGAGAGGCACAUCAAAACAGAACGUUCAGCUCUUGCCCUUUGCCCAUCAGUGUGCAAGUAGCUCUGAACUAGGCUGGCUCUUGGCUAUGGUCUGCACAACUAAACAGGUAGAAGUGACUGGAAGAUCUCAGGACUCAAUGGGUUUAUUAUAAGGAGGUAAGACACCUCUGUAGGAACAGCUUUUUUAGAUCUGCUUUUGGUAUGUAUUGGCAUACUUGUGUAAAGGGUUACCUCUCCAACAUAUUGGUUUAUUGUAUAGCAAACAGUAUUCUCAGUUGUAUCCCAAGAAAGCAUCGCUGCAUCCUGGUUUGCCUGUGUGACAUGGAAAUUGAGGAGCUAAGGGAAGUUGUUUGGAUUUUUGGAUCAAGUUGGUACAGAGCUGGGAAUAGAGCUGCCUUUUCUUCUGCAGCUUGUAAUCCCUUGGUGCCUCUCUGAAACAGCAUGUUCAACCAAUAGGUUUUUUCUGACCAAUUUAGUUCAAAACCACUUUGUACAACAGACUUACACAGGUAUAGGGCUUUAUAUACUGUUUUGUCACCUCAUAAUUGUCAUCUCAGUUACCGCAGAGAAGCAGUGACUUCUGUGGAUUUAAUCCAGUGUCUUCUGUACCUAUUUUCAUAUGAAGAUUUUGCACUUUAUUUAGACUAAGGAACUUAAGAACUGCCACACUGGACACAGUCUAGUUUGUGUUUUCCUUCUGAUAAUGACUAGGACUAUGUGCAUUAGACAAAGGGGUCUAAAAUCUUAAUUAUUGAUCAGUCUGUAUUUAAAAAUGAGGUUACCUAGCUGUUCAUUCCUAAUGGUAGUUCUUACGUGCAGUAUUUUGCUGCACAUAGCCCAUGGGUUACCCGUUAAAAAAUUUUAGAAAAAAAAAAUUAGAAAAUAGGUUUUGUGUAAUUUAUUUUGAAUCAUUUGUCUUUACUGUCAAAUAAAAGGGUAAGUUUAGCUACCAUUUUAUUUUUCCCUUUCUAAGAUCAUUAGGCAGAGAAAACAUCCUGUAAGCCAGAGGGAUAGGUGACUUGCUAAUUCGUCUGCUGGAAGAAAGCUGGGAGUCCUGGGGAUUCUUCAGUUAGACAAAAGUUCAGAAUUAAUUCCUUCUGAGCUUGUACAGAAUUAAUUGGAGCAGAAGCUACAGGUAAACAGGGCUUCAUUCACAAGCCAGAGAAGUAGGUCAAGAAUGUAUUGAUUUACCUCAGUUUUUUUCCCCAAAAUAUUUUGAGGAAGGGGAGAAAAAAAAAAACAUUAAAUUAUUUUUAAAAUUAAAUUUACUUGCCUAAUUUGUGAAAAUCAUCUGGAUUUGGAGAGUAUGGAGGAAUUAAGUGCUCUCAGAUAAAUGCAUGAGAGAGCACUGUGAAACUUUGCUGUUUCUGAGAUAAAACCAGUUGUCAUUCCUCCCCUACUGUCCUUUUUCUCCACCUGGAAACUUCUACAGAAAUUUCAUUUAAAUAAAAAUGUUUUUCAGAUAACCUGAAUUGUAGGCAGCCCUAAACUUCAUGUAUUCUGAUGGUAAAUUCAACUUGCUGAUUGUGUCCAAUUCCUGCACUCACGGUGCGUGACUGCCAUAGAGCUUGGCAGAGGAAGAAACUGCAGUUCUGGCAACUAGGUAAGGGGCUUUUUGUACCCAGCGAGGCAUGGGGAGAGAGUUUGGAUUUCAACAUAGGCAGAAAACAUUCUCACCACAUGCUUACGUGAUCAACAAUGAAACAACAAAAUAUUGACAAGUAGUUACUGUAUUUUGAUGCACAUAACCUAGGGGUUAUAUGUUUAAAAACAAAACUGCAAUUCAGCAACACUGCAGGGAUCUGGAUAUGCACAGAUAAUACAAGGGGAAGUUUAUUCUAGGAUCUGUCUCCUUCAAAGCUUCAUAGAAUCUGAUUUCCCCGUUGCCUGCAUCCUUUCCCAUAGUUUGCUCUCAUCAUCCCAGUAGUCCCUCAGUCUCAGGUUUGUAUAUGUUGUCUGAGAUUCAGCCUAUAAAAUGAAAGAUGGUAUUAUCUUUAGCUUUCAGAGUUAAUUGCUCAUUUAAAUGAACAAAGCUUUCUUAGGAAAGAAAACACCACACAGUUUUUUAGUUUUGUUAUGUUUUGUUGUUGUUGGUUUAGGUUUUGUGCCCCAGGAUGUGAUGUAAUUCUGUAAACUCAAAAAUAAAAGGAAAACUUUUAGCAUUUAUACUCUGCAAUCUCUGAGGAGCGUAUAUAGUGAAAGAUUCUGCAGCAUCAUCUAGGGCUUCAGAAGUGUAAAAAAAAAAAUAAAAAAACAGAAAACUUUUGUCUGUAUUAUGUAGAAGUUUUUAAUGUUCGUAUUGUCCUAUUAGCACCGCAAUUAAAUGUGUAGCUACAGUCCAUAGGGCUUGGAAUUUGAGACAUUGUUUCUAUUCUCCUUUGAACAGAAACAGUCAAAGAAUGGAUCUGGAAGCCAGCAGGGAUUUGACAUCUGAGCAAAAAAUAAGUGUGUUUAGCUCUCCUGUUUUUCUUUCUUUGUGAGCAAUGGCUAGGAUGACUUUUAUGGUUUCUUUUUAUUAUUCCACAGAAACACUGCUUCCUCAUUCAAUUCUUAUUUCUGUGCAGUAGUGAAAUACCAUUUUUUUUUCAACUCUUUCUGAUAUUUUCACAAGUGCAGUCCAUAAAUCUUUUCGUUUCACUACGUACUACAAAUCUGUGUGUACCCUAGUGUUUUGUCACUGAAAUUUCCAUCACUACUGCCGAAGUAUGCUACCCUGAGGCACUGAGUCUUGGCUAACAUGCCUUCAGAUAUUUAUUCACCAUUCUAGUAUUGAUUCUUUCUUUCUUUCUUUCUCCCAAAUUGUACGUAACAGCAUGUGAAAUAUUUUUGGCACACUUCAUUAAAUGAAGUGAGCACAUCACAGGAGAAAUUAGAGCAAAUAUAACAAGAACUAAAAAUUAAUAUGUACCAGGAUAGUUGCACAAAACUAAUGUUUUAACUAUCGAAGCAAGUAGGCUGAAUUUGACAUGGAAUGUAGCAGUGCGAAAAUGCCUGUAGUUUGUUGCAGUUUUGUCUUAAGGGAACAAGCAGGUAUGACUUCCAUUUUGGGGAGCAGAGAGAUGAGGGGAAGGGUGUCUGUAGGAUACGAUCAUGAUGACUUAGUGAUUUUCUUCAGUAAACUAAUAAAUCUCAGUAACCUUCUUUAAGACCCAUUUUCUAGAGUGUCUGUAGCUAGUAUCAUCUUUGGUCAAACCUACAGUGAAUGUGGCUGUUGGGGUAUUUUACUGGCUGCUUAAAAAAAUCUCAAGACUACUGGAAGAUCAGAAGGAAUGAAUUCUGAUCUUCAUAGGUAAGAGCAGAACUUACAGUGUUGUCUGUAUGUUUAUGUGAACAGUGGCAAGAACCCCACUGUCUCUUGUGCUGUUCUAAUCAUCUAAAUCUGAAGUGUUUCUGUGGGCUCAUUUUAGAAAAAUACGUAAGAGUGGGCUCCAGGCUCAACUUGACAUUUCGAUAUGAUGUAUUUUACACAACAUGGUGUUUUUCAGUGUUGAUGAGUCUGAAGGGUAGAUAUGAAUAAUUUACUGAAAGCUAAUAAGUUGACCUGUGCUCCCUAGUGCCUAUUUUUAUGCUCUUAACAGUGGUGUUAGAAGACACCUUACACCUUUUUGAUUAAAGAAUAAGCUUUCUUGCAUUUACCACAUAGUAAGAGCAUGCAUGAAGUAGUUACUGUUAAAUUCACAUCCUCUCUUAUUUUGCAGUAACACAUAUAUGUCUUUGUAUUACGAGGCCUAACUCCUUUUAAUAACCUUUUAAUUAACCUUGCUGUAGGCACAAGAUGGGAAAUGUUCUUUUUUUCAGAGGCUGGAAUGGUUAUUUAUGAAAAAAAUAAUUGGCAUUCUGUAACUGUGCAAGUGUGAAGAAAGCUGUAUAUUCUGGCCAGUCUAAAUAAGUGCAAGUACAUGUUUCAGUCAUUGAUAGACAAGAAAGAAGCAAUCGCAGCUGCCCAAGCAUGUAUUCCUUGAUGCUCUGAGAGUUUAUUUUGCAGUUAUAUUGACUGUAUAUGUAAGGCUUAUCUGGGUUCAUGUUUGGCUUUUAAUUAAGUCAUCCUUCCUGGAGUGCUUGGACACACCUGGCUACCUCUGCAGCACUUACUCUCUGCAGCACUUACUCUCUGCAGCACUUACUCUCUGCAGCACUUACUCUCUGCAGUCUCAUAUUUUUGCAUCUGUCAGUGCAUCCAGUAUUACCCAGAUUAUCUCCCCAUUAGUUUGGGUUUUGGAGAUUUAUCAAGAGGUCUGUAUUGUGUGUAUAAAUAUAAAUACUGUGUGUAUAAAACCCUUGAGCAAGAUGUUAUUCCUGCUUUAAUGAUGAAGCAGCUGAGGUGUUCUGAUCAGUGUUUUCAAAGAUUAUAAACAGUUUUCAACAAAUCUGUAUCAUCUAUAGGCUCUGCAUAUCUCUGGAUUUAUAGAUGCAUGGUGAGCAAAGUAUGUUUUUCUCCUAUAAAAGAAGUAUGUUUUGAUGUUCUGUGGUAGUUAAGGAAUUUUUGAGUAAUCAAAUCUGCUUAGCUUUGGUUUUGUUGGCAGGUUCAGAGAAACAAUUUACUUGGCAUUCUUCUCCCUAGAAAUUAGGAAAAUGUCAAAAAUAGUGCACAAGGUAAAAAGAGUGAGAUCAGCCACUGAAAACAUUUAUGGUGAAGGAACCUCUUGACUUCACACCUUAGUAUUGGUGAUAUGGGAAGUGUCUGUCUGAACCUCAAGGCCUUGAACUGCCAUUUUGGAAAGCAAGGAGUUGGGGAUGGAAAGACUGGAGUUGGUAUUCUUUCUGCUCUGUUACCCAUUGCUAUCUUCAUGGAUCUGACACUCUGUUUAUCUGACAGAGCACUCAGUACUGCUUCGCCAGGGAAAAUUGCACAAAACAAGCCCAGUGCAUCAGCAUUUUCAUUGUGUAUUAAGCUGAGCCUCCCUUCACAUGGUCACAUCCCCUUUUUAAUCUGGGAUUCCAUGUCCCUUUCCCAGUCCAGCCUGUUUCUGUGGUGUCUGUUGCUGGUCUCCCUGAGCUUCUGUUUCUGUGGUUUGAGUGGUUUUUUUGUGUGGCUGAGUGUUAAGACCUGCAGGACUUUUGGAAGUGGCGUUGUUUGGGGGUUAGGCAGUACACUGAUUUAGUGUUAGUAGUUUGUCACAGACUGAGGUGAUGGCUGCGUUCAAGUUGGAUUUCCUCCCAGAGAUGAUGGUGGAUCAUUGCUCCUUGAAUGCUAGCACUGUCUCAAAGAAAAUGAAUGGAACACUGGAUCACCCAGACCAACCUGAUCUAGAUGCCAUCAAGAUGUUUGUGGGUCAGGUCCCACGGAGCUGGUGUGAGAAGGAUCUAAGAGAACUUUUUGAGCAGUAUGGUGCUGUCUAUGAAAUCAAUGUCUUGAGGGACAGGAGCCAAAACCCUCCUCAGAGCAAAGGGUGCUGUUUUGUUACAUUUUAUACCCGUAAAGCUGCACUAGAAGCACAGAAUGCUCUUCACAACAUGAAGAUCCUCCCAGGGAUGCACCAUCCUAUCCAGAUGAAACCAGCUGACAGUGAAAAGAGUAAUGCAGUAGAAGAUAGGAAGUUGUUUAUUGGAAUGAUAUCCAAGAAGUGCAAUGAAAAUGAUAUCCGAGUGAUGUUCUCCCCCUUUGGGCAGAUUGAAGAAUGCAGGAUAUUACGGGGCCCAGAUGGCCUGAGCCGAGGUUGUGCAUUUGUGACUUUUACAACAAGAGCCAUGGCACAAACAGCAAUCAAAGCAAUGCACCAAGCACAAACCAUGGAGGGUUGCUCUUCUCCCAUUGUGGUAAAAUUUGCAGACACGCAGAAGGACAAAGAGCAGAAACGAAUUGCUCAGCAACUCCAGCAACAAAUGCAACAGAUCAGUGCUGCCUCAGUAUGGGGAAACCUGGCUGGUCUCAACACACUUGGACCCCAAUACUUAGCACUUUAUUUGCAGCUCCUUCAGCAGACAGCAGCUGCGUCGUCUGGGAACCUGAACACAUUGAGCAGCCUCCACCCGAUGGGAGGACUGAAUGCGAUGCAACUACAGAACCUAGCUGCAUUAGCAGCUGCGGCCACUGCAGCUCAGAAUACACCGAGCGGUACUGCUGCACUUACCUCCUCCAGCAGUCCCCUGAGUGUGCUCACCAGCUCAGCAGGUUCCUCACCUAGCUCCAGUAGCAGCUCCUCUGUUAAUCCAAUGGCUUCUCUUGGAGCACUGCAGACACUGGCAGGGGCUACAGCAGGCCUCAACGUUAGCUCUUUAGCAGGAAUGGCAGCCUUAAAUGGAGGACUUGGCAGUGGUGGUCUCUCAAAUGGGACAGGUAGCACAAUGGAAGCCCUCACACAGGCUUAUUCUGGAAUCCAGCAAUAUGCUGCUGCUGCAUUGCCCACACUCUAUAACCAGAGUCUCUUAACACAGCAGAGUAUUGGUGCAGCAGGAAGUCAAAAAGAAGGUCCAGAGGGAGCCAAUCUGUUUAUCUACCAUCUCCCCCAGGAGUUCGGGGAUCAGGAUCUGCUGCAGAUGUUCAUGCCAUUUGGAAAUGUUGUCUCUGCUAAGGUUUUCAUUGACAAGCAGACCAAUCUAAGCAAGUGUUUUGGUUUUGUAAGUUACGACAAUCCUGUCUCUGCACAGGCUGCCAUUCAGUCAAUGAACGGCUUUCAGAUUGGCAUGAAGCGUCUGAAAGUACAGCUCAAGCGCUCUAAGAAUGACAGCAAGCCAUACUGAGCGCCCCUCCCCUCCGGGACUGGAGUGAGAAGGAUCUUCUGGUAAGUUGGAGAGGAGCGCACUUAGUGAUUCGAAGCCCUAAGGCUGUGUUUUUACAGUCCUGGAAGCUGAUCCAUGCCUUCUAUCUGGCACAUCUUCCCCUGAAGAUUUGGCUGCAGCCUCUGCUGAGAAUCCCGCUUUGGAUGGAGGACAAGUUUGUGCUUUUGUUUCCAGUGUUUUACUUUGGAAUUUAGGUGCCAUAUCGCUGAGGUUCUCUUUUUCUUUUCCCUUAUUUGAAGUUUGCUGUGUUUGUAACCAGUGUGUGUUGAGAAGGACCAAUGCCAGCUCCUUGGGGGUGGGGAGGGAAGGUUAAAGGGAGCAGCAGGAACUGACACCACACUGCCUUCGGGUAGAGAGGAGAAGGGGAAGCAGAACUGACACCACACCGCCAUGGGGGAGAGGAGAAAGGAAAGCAGAAAUAACACAGAACAACUGAUGAAAACAGAGAUGGGGAAUGAGAACUGAGUCCAUCCAAGUUUGGGCGAGCAAAGAACCAACUCCAUGUAGCCUUUGUCAUGCCCUAUCCACUCUUUGAAAUUUAUUUAGCUGUAUGCCAUGGUGGGGAUUUAGUAAAUCAUCUCUAAAGCAGGAGACAGGCUAGAAGGGUGAACACAUUAACAAGCCAAAGGAAAACUGCAGUGAUUUUAUUUGCUGUAUAUAAAGUGGUGUUUAUAUAGCACUGUGAAUGUACACAGCACUUUAUGAAAUUAUUAAAUAAUGUCCCUGCCCAGAAAAUUUCACUGUCCAUUUACAGUUGAAUAUUAAUGAGAUGCAGUGAGUUUCUCCAUAUUUAAGAAGACUUAUCCCGUGUAUUUUUUCUAGGUUUUGUAGAAGGGUAUAGAGCAAGACAGCUUAGUCUAAUGAAUGCAUCUGCGGCUGGAAACACGAAACUUUUCAUGCCUGCAGAAUAUUUUGACAAUUUUUCUUAACAGUUCAUCACAUUCCCCAUUUCUGUGGAAUAAUGUCCUUUUUGCAGAGUAUUAAUUUGAAUUCAUUCUGAUAAGCAUAAUGUAAACACUGUUUUUUUCACUAUUAAAAUGACUGUUAAACUGAGAUACAAAGCCCAGAGUUACUCUAACACAGCUCUUGGGGCUCCUGUUUCAUACAUGUUCUCAUAGGAUUUGAUUUCUUAGUCUUAACUCUGUUGCAAUAACUUCCUGGGGGGGUUUAAAGAAAAAACAAAACACAAAACAAUUUGUGUAGUGAUUUGAUUAGGUAUUCCUUUAUACUGCAGUUUUCCUUUAGGGAGGUGUGUACCAGUGCAAAACAGGGUAACACAGGAGCUGUGGAACCAGAGCAGAACAUUGAGCCAUUCAGUCUUAUUCUGCCUUUUGGUACUAGCUGUUAUCUUCUAUAUUGAAGGAAAAUGGAACACACCCCUUCAAUGAACACACACUUUUUCUGCACACUUGUGAAAUUGCUAGUGCGUUGCUAAGGGCCUUUGUUAUACACUGGUUUUAGGGGGCUCAAGGGAUUUUUGACACUCUGGCCUGAGUUGUUUUAAGAAAUCAGAGUCCCAUUUGUAAUAACCACCAAAAUCCACCUCUGUCACAAGAGGAAGUUUACAAUUUCUGUGCAUCUUUAACAGAAGUUCCAUUUACCUCAUAUUUUCUCCUUGUUUGUUUUUGUGUUUCUUUUGUAUUCCUGGUUCGUGAUGCUGUUUUCCGAGGCACCAGCUAACAGGGCAAUUUGGGUCCCAGCUGCUAAAUAAUGGGUGUGUGGGUCAGACAUAGGGUUGGGACUUCCUGUUCUGCUCCAGCAGGAGGAGCACUGAACCCAUCGAACUGAGAUCGGUUCAGAGUAUGGGUGCAGUGAUCUGUUGAGAAUGUUGGGCAUUCCCAGGGACUGGGUCCCCUGGGAUCUCAAACCUCAGAAGUGCAAGACCUGACCUGUAGCAUCCAAGAGCCCUUUCCAUUCUUAAUUUGAAAAUCAAACCGUUUAUGCCAGUAUGUCUAUAUUAAUGGCAGACAGGUAAAUCUAUCAGUAUUAUUCAAACAAUUCUGUGGUGGCAAAGGUUCAAAGGCCAGAUUGCCAAACUUCCCAGUUAUGCCGGCAUGUGGUACCCUUCUGUGUUAAUUAUUUCAAUCUCUCUAGAAACUUAAACGUACACUUAAGUGAACCAUGUACACUUGAAUUCUGCACGAUGGGAAAGAUGUGUCCUGGUUUUCUGAGAAAAAGAGUAUUGGAGUGUGAAGGCCUCCAGGGUUAUAAUGGGAUUUUUUUAUAUAUAUAUAAAUAUUAUACUUUUCAAAAAAAAUUAAAAAAAGAAAAAAGAAAAAAAAUAAGAAAAUCACACAGGAGCAACUGCUCCAAGUGCAACCUGCUGUAACCAAGAAUGUUGUUUCUAUUUUUAUAGAAGUUUUAUACCGCUCCAGGGUGGAGAAUAUUUAUCACCUAAAUUAUUUCACUGGAAAAAAAGGCCAGGGUUUUGUAGAAUCCUGAAUGUGAUUGUUUUACACACAUAAUGAUGUGCAUGAUUGAAACUACUGAUUUUCAGUGGCCUGUUUGCAGCCCAACAACUGCUAAAUGGGGAAGACGAAUGCUGUGAACCAGUGGAGGAGAGCACUGUGCUCUGGGGUCUCUACAGUCACUCUUACCUUCUUUGCACCCUACCCACUGUACUAUCUGAGACCUUUGUCCUGUUUCUUUGUAACCUGAUGCUCUGACCUCUCUAUUAGUCAUUUCAGUUGCCCCAAAUUAGAUAUUUUAGCUUCUGCGUCCCGUAGUGUGUCCUCAGUACUGUAACUUAUGGAUCAAGCUUGCCAUUGUUGCAAAUAGGUGCCACUCCUCUGCUGACUUUAGGAGGGAGAUUCACCAGCUUAUACUGUGGCUUAGUUUGAUCAGUGACUCCUGCCAGACAUAAUCACCUGAACACACCUAACUUGGGCUAGCUCUUGUGCCUUACUGGCAUAACUAUAAGUAUUGCCAAAAAAAAAAAGAAAAAGAAAUUUAAGAAUCUAUGCAGGUUAAAUUUUAAAAGAUGUGAUCCUCAGGUGGUUUGAAUCAAUGCAGUUCUGCUCUCCUCAGUAGAGCUGCAUCAAUUUUCACCAGCUGAAGAUGUUGCCCUUUUUGUGUAUUUGUUUCACAUUUCCCUUUCUUGGUGUAUCAAUGUAUAUGUUGCCAAAGUUAAUAAAUGUAUCAGGUUUGUGACUUGGGCAGAUUUUUUUUCUGAUGACAGAACUGAUCAGAUAAAGUCAACAUUUCUGUGUCUGGUGGCUGCUGUGGACUCUAAAGAUUUAGGCUCUUCUUGCCUUCCAGUCUGAAGCCAAUUUUCUUCCUUACUGGUAGGAAAGUCUGGGGUUUUGGGGACUUGGGGCUUUUAAAAUUCAUUUUUAAUUCCUGUCAUGCUCCUAUUCAAGCAAAUUAAAUCAGUGUCAAAUGCUUUAUUUCCUGGAUGUGUGAGUUCAAAUAAAGCAGAAAGAUUAGAUUAAGUAGCCACAUGGAUAAAGUAUUCUGUAUCCUCAUAAACCAAAGAAUCUACAUUUUCUACAACAAAAGUUAGUACGAUUUCCAAUGAAAUGGAAUUCCAUGUUACAUGUGCCACCAGGAAUUACUUACCUAUUUUUAGAACCGAGAUGGAAGUGGUCUACUUGAUAGAUUAUUUUUUUUUUUAAUUUUUUUUUCUCAGAAGAUAUUUGGUUUUACUAGAUGUGCCAAAAUAUGAAAGUAUUAUGAACAGCUGAAGGCUUAGUAUGAUGCUGCUUAUUAUUAAGUACAGUGGUAAAUGAAAUAAUGGAUUCUUCAGUCCCCUAGACAAUCAACAGUCCAAAAGAGGAUAUCUCCUCGUAGUUUAUAUUUUUUCUUGCAGUACUACAAAGCUUGCAUUAUUAGAAAAUGCCUUUGAUAUAUAGCAAUUAAAUUAUUACCCUAAACAGAAUGAGAAUUGGAAUUUUUCAAAAUUAUCUGAGACAAUGAUGGUGAAUAUCUGUUCAUACUUUAAUGGUGAGGCAGUUUACUUGCUGUGGGCACUACUGUCUGGAAAAUAGGCACCUUAGAAAAUAGGAAAAAGCUUUUCAUCUGAGUACUGAAGUUAACAUAGCAUGAUAGAUUCUGCUUGCAUGAUAGAAUUAGCUGAAGUGUUUCUUCUUGUUAAUGGUUGUAAGUUAGGGAAGAACAGCCAAGCAGAAUGAAAUUGUACCUAUUUCAUUUGGAAAUGUCUAGAAGCAACUUGGAUAAAGCAAAUUGCAAAUGAAGCAUGCAACUAUGAACAUGUAAAAUGCUUUGAGAGCUUCUGGUUGCAGACAUUUAAACAUAGGGAUGUUAUAUGUCCCUGAGCAUACCUCCCACAAAAUAUAAACCACAAAAGACAGCAUUAUCACAGUUGUGAGAAUAAAACAAGGAUAAACUGGAAUAACUUUCCCCCAGUCAUUAAGUUCUUGUCCAGCAUCUCAUGGCUUUGCUUUUGUAGGCCAGUCAUUCCUCAGGGCUUUAAUGAAACUGAGUCUUUCCCCUCAAAAUUUCUGAGUGAAAUAUUUGAAAAAUUUCUAAAGAAAAAAAAUCACGCAGAGAAUUCUGUGGUGCAUACUUAGAUGUCACUUCAUUUCAUGCCUCUUGUUUCUCAUGCCUUAGUUCAUGAUGAAUUUGCCUUUCUGGUUUAGGACUGAAACCGUACAGCUAUCCACAAACUAUCUAGAGUAUUUCUAGAACUACAGAAGUAACUGCAAGAGUUCCAUUGUACUCUGUUUGCUGGAGUUGGUUUAAACUCCCUACUGGGUCCUUUCCCUGAAUUUGGAAAGUAUGAAGAGCAGAUUAAUCUCAGCCGUUUUAGUAAGUGGAGUGUUGCAGGUUUAGUGAACAACAUGCUGCUUGUUGCUUUGGAACUAGAAUGCAACACUUGCUAUUCUCAGAUGUGCUAUAAAUGCUGUAAGAUAAUAUGCAAGUUUCACCUUGCUCUAUUCUCUAACCAGCAGCUUUGAGAUGUGCUGAAGAAUAAGGCCACAAACAGGAGAUAAACGGGAGCUGGGGGUGGGGAGACGGGGGGGAGGAAGAGAAAGAAAAAACUUGUUUCCUCUCUCCCCUACCUCCCAUGUUCCUCCCAAAAUGUUGUCUCUUGCAGCUUACAAGCUGAGGAGAGGAAACAAAGGUAUUCGUAUCACUUAAUAUAAGAAUUAUUUUAUUUAUAAACUCUUCUAAGAAAGCUUCUGGAAACGUAUUUUUUCUACUCAUCAAACUGGCAACAGUGACUGUAGAGCUUCUCAGAGCCCAGAAUCCCCUCCUCACGAAGUCAGGGAGCUGGGAGUUGUUUAUAUAGAAGGCUGGGAAAGUCCCUGUGCAGGUCUAAUGGUAUGAAAAGUGCUCAGCUAGGACAAGUCUUAACUUGCAGUCAAGUCUUAAGGAAUUCUUCUCUAAUGUGUGGAGUUUUUGGUUCCACUUAUUUGUCUUAUAUAAUCUUUUUUUUUUUUCCCCCUGUUCCAAAUCACCCACCCCCAGUUCCAUGGGCUCCUAGGGAAUGAGAAGGGACUGUAGCUGAAGGAAAGAACAUGGAUUUCCUGGGCUACCAGUGCCUAAGAACUUCCCAUGUUAGAAUGCAAGAAAAGUCUCAGCUGUCAAACCACCUGUGAAUCACUUGUGCCCUCUGUCUUGUCUCAUGGUCUCAGUCUCUGUGGGCGAGUGUCAGCCUGGGAGCCCUAUUGUUUGGAGUUGGUCUCCUGGGGAGGGAGCUUGCUCUGUUCUUCUCCUCAACAGAGCCAGUGAAGACACGGGCACAGGGUGAGGUGAAUGCAUGCUAACCAAUGUGUCACUGGCCUGUGAAGUGUUCCAUGGACUGGGUGGUGAGAGGGAAAUCCAGGCCUCUGCUUCCAUUUGGUUUCUGGCAGUCUGAUGUUUACUUGGUGUCCUUCAUGUACUUUGACUUUUACUUGUCCAUCGUUGGCAUGUGCUGCCCUUCCCUGUCAACUCCCUUCCCCAGGAGAUCUCAUUGUACAGUGCCCAUUCUUGUUCUCUCUCUCCGUGUUUGGAUGUACUGCUCUGUGUAACUCAGUGGGUCUCCCUCUUUCUGGUUUGUUUUUUUUUCUAGAUUCCUGCCGUUUGUUCAUCGUUGUGCCUAAAGCAUGUCGAUGUGGCGUUCAAGUACAUCGUCCAAAUCCUUGUCUCUUCAGCUUCUCUGAUGCUUGAACUCUCACCUUUGACCUUGUGUUGACCUUUGAUGCUGAUGUGUAUUUUUAUUACGUUUGUUUCUUUCUUUUUUUUUUUCUUUUUUUUUUUUUUCUGUGCUGCCAAAUUGGUUUUGCUAGAAAGACUGCUGAAGGGGAAUAUUUAAACUUGCAUUUGAAUAUAAAAGAAUUUCUAUUUUUCUAGACCUUCGUAAGAUAACCACUUGAUUUUGUGAAUCUGGUUCUUUGUAAUUGUCUUCAGAGCAGCCUUGCUAGCAUACCUUGUGGAGUAUUUGUAUUUCUGUGAACAUACAGCCAAUCACUUUCUAGGCUUAGUUUUUUCUGUGUGCUUAGUUUCAAAAACACAGUUUUGAAGAAAAAGUCAAUUAUGUGGUGUGACUCAAUCUUUCAGGAGACUUCCUAGUCACAUUUUGCUGAUCUGGUUUCUAUGCUUGAGGAGACAGCAUAUGUUUUUAUGAGUUCAAACUUGUGACUUGAGUGGCAUCAGCAGAAAACACUUGAACUACAUUUUCUUCUGAUUGUAGCUACAUUUUUUGCCCUGGCAUUUAUUGAUUUUUUUUUUUUAAUUAUUAUUAUUUUUAUUUUUUCCCCUGCUUCCCUGUGUGAUUAUCAGUCUGCAGUGAAAAUUUGAUCAUAGUUGAUGUUGUAUUUUGUUAAGCCCUAGCAUGUUUGGUUUUUUUGUAACUACAAUCUCCUCAGCAAAAUGUGAUGUUUUUGUUUUAAUCUUUCAGACUAAGAUAGUGCCCAGAAAUGUUUUGCAUGUUCCCUGCUGUUUUCUUCACACCCUCGUAUAUAUCACCUUCACCUCUCUGUUUUCUAUAGUUUGUGCAAAAACUGAGCAAUUUAAUGAGUUUCAAAGGUAUCUUUUAAAUUGGUGGUUUUGGUGUGACAAAUAUCUGAUCAGAAGCCACCUGAGGGCAUCUACCUGUGCACUUAGACUGUCUGCCUGACAGAGCACCUGGACCUUGCCUCCAUCUCCAGUGCUGUCAGAGGCUCCCAGGGGCCUCGGUUGCACUGUUCCUGUACUGGAAGUUUUGGUGGAAGGGGAUAGCUGGGGAGCAGGAAGGUGGGGGAACUUCACAGUUAUUUCUCUUUCCAAAGUUAUGUGAAGCUAGGGCUCCUUUGAAACGCUCUUUAUGAGCAUUUUGUGUAAUUCAGGGUAAAUGUUUGUGAAGUCCAGCCCCAGUUUAAUACCAUCAGUCAGACCUUGGUGGCAGGAUCCUGGAGGAUCGAGGUUAGCUCUUGAAAUAAAGUGUUUGAAAUAUCCCAGAGAAAGCAUUUGUAACCCUGAUCCUACAACUGCUGGCUCUUUUCCCAAGUGACAAGCACAAUACAACAGCCUCUGAAGCUGUUACCUGAACAGGGUACCAUCCCCAGCUCUCUUCUCAAGGGCCUUAGCUGGGGAAUCUCUACGGAGAUUUUUUAGUUUUUGUUUAGUUUUUAAUUGGGUAAUGAGCUAAGCAGUUUUUCUAGCUUGCAGAAUGAACUCGAACAGGUUACUGCUUUCUGGGUGGCAGGCUUCCCCCUACCCUAUGUACCAUCUGCACAGGUAGAAACUGGGAUGUAGCUUCUAGAUCAGGGGUGUCAAACUCAUUUUCACUGGAGGCUGCAUCAGCCUGGCGGUUGCCUGGAAAGGGCCGAAGGUAAUUUUAGGACCGUAUAAAUAUAACUCCUCCUACAUUUAUACAGUCCUAAAAUUACAUUCGGCCCUUUAAAGGCAACCACCAGGCUGAUGUGGGCCCUGGUGAAAAUGAGUUUGACAACCCUGCUCUAGAUGAAGGCACCUGAAGAGUGUGUGCUGUGAUGAAGUUUCAGUCAGAAGGAGAAGCAAGCUAGUGUAGGUAUCUUAACAGUAACAAAUAAUGUGGAAUUAAAUCCCAGAAGGCGUUUUGCUGAGAAAGCAAAUCGUGUUUGAUCCAGAAAUCUUACUUUUCUCCAGUGUUUGGGGUAAUGCAAAGAUGCAAAAGGAUUUUUUUUCUAUCCUACUUUGGAGUUGGCUGAGGAUACUACAUUCUUGAUAAAUAUUGGUAGACUCGUGUAGACAGUCCUUAAUCUGCUUAUAAGACAGACCAUGUUUGGAAAUGGUACAUAUACCUGGGAGUGAAGCGUGAGGCUGGGUGGAAGAAGGACAGAGACGGGUUUUUUGGGAGAUAGGGUUGUGGGCUGGCUGCUGUUAGUCCCACAGUCUGAAUGCACAGGGCUGCGUGUCAGUGGGAGCACCGAUACCCUGCAGUGUAUUGAGUAACUGCCAAUACGUUUCUGUACAUGUGCAUUUGGUUCCAUAUGGAACUUUGGGGAAACCUGUGGACAAAUAUCUGAAGAAAACCAAAAUGCCAAACGUUGGAUGUUUCUUUCCUUUCUUCUUUCCUUUUCUUCCUUUGGUUGUUUUAAUUGUUCUGUGGUGGUUUUAAUGGAUUUGAGACAGUGGAGCAGCAGCUGCCUUUCUGAUUUUUGGCUGCUUUUUGUGAAUAAUUUAAAAAGAAAAUUUACAUUUUGGAGACAAACCUGUGGGCUUUUUUAUUGGUACAAACAUUGUAUUUAACACUAGGGGUUUUGUACAGUUUUUUGCCUUUUCUACUAGAAAACAAUGUAAAGUGAUUCACAAUGUGAUGAGAAAACAAAUUGCCACUAUGACCAAAUGUAGAGUCUGUUCUGCAGUAAUGGGAUUUAAUCAACUCGAAGUCGUGGUUCAGUCGUAGAAAUGCUUUUCUUUACCUUGUUUGAGCUGUUCCUUUUUCUCUUGUUUUGAUUUGCAAAACAAAAUGUCUUUUUGUGUGAAAUUGUGUUGUACUCUGUAGAGAAUUACGGAUUUUACUUUAAUGGUUUAAAAAGCAGAGAAGCACGUGUUGCUUUUCUGAUCUGAUCGCAGAGUUUGUGUAGUGGAUUGAAAAAUGAAAAGAUUUGUUACAAGUUUGGAACAAGCGAGUAUGUGUUAAAGGAAUUUUCUUCCUUUUGUGUGUGUGUUUUUUUCUUUUUUGUCCCAAAGGGCAACUUAAAGCUGUUUUAAUUGCACAGACACACCAACAACAAGUCAUUUUGUAUAUGCCAAGUGUGGUACCUUCCUUUGUUUAUUUGCUAUUAAACUGUUUGAGAAGA